UAUGCGGGGUGGAGAAUGAACAUCAGGAUUCAGAAGCACCAUCGUCUUGCACCACACAACCUCUCCCACAAACACAGCAGCGUCCGGCAUCCAUUGUGUGGAUCUUGGCUGCCAAGAGUGGUGGCGGGAGGCGAGAUGCCAAGCGCUGUUGCAGGGCUGAUCGUCGGCAAGCUUGGUGACCUCGUUGUGAAUGAGGCCACCCUGAUGUGGAGCUUCAAGGACGAUGUGGACGGCAUGAGGGAGACCAUGAAAAGGCUGAAUGCCUGGAUGCACGAUGCGGACAAGAGGUUGAGCCAGGAUGAAGGACAGAGUCGAGAGACCGUACGGGUUUGGAUGAAGAAAUUCAAGUCUGUCGCCUAUGAUGCUGAGGACUUGCUGGAUGAGUUCGAGGCUAUUGAACUCAUUAAGCAGAGUCAGACUAAGAUUAAGCUAUUCUUUUCGUCCUAUAAUCCACUCCUAGUGCGGUUGACCAUGGCUCACAGAAUGAAGAAGCUGAAGGAAGCUUUAAACUACAUAGAGGGAAAGGGUCUCGGUCUCAAUCUGAUGUCUCAUGACACACAAAUGUGGGCAGAGAGGAGUACAAAUCAAGCUACUAUUGCGCCAACCAAUGGAGACAUAGACCUUGGAAUGGUAGGAAGAGAUAUCCAAAAGGAAAAUAUAAUGAAAUUGCUAUUGGAAAGUGAAGCUGAGGAAGAUAUCUCAAUCAUUCCCAUCGUUGGACUUGGUGGCCUGGGGAAGACAACACUGGCACAAGCAGUUUUUUCAGACAAGAGAGCCAAAAUCUUUGAUCUACGAGUAUGGGUCUACGUGUCUAAGAAGUUUGAUUUGUCAAGAAUUGGGAAAAUAAUCAUAUCAACAGUGAGCGCCAAUAUUGAAAGUGGAACAAAUGAAAAAUAUAUCCCUCCAAACAAUGGUGAUUUGCAAACGGUACUAGAACAAAUGAAAAAUAUACUCCCUACUAAAAGAUAUUUGAUCGUUUUGGAUGAUAUAUGGGAAGAAGGUGUCGAUAAUUUGGAAAAGAUGAAGCAGAUGCUACAAUAUGGUCGGAAGGGAAGCAAGAUCAUAUUAACUACACGUAUGCAACGUGUUGUGGAAAAAUUGGAUGCUGGUGUUCUUGCAAAUCAAAGAAAAAUCUGCCCUGUGCGCAAGAGUGACCAAAUCAAUUUGAACUUAUUAUCAGAUGAAGACUGUUGGAAUGUGAUGCGACAAAGAGCACUCGGACGAGAGGAUAACCUAGGUCAACUAGAAGGCAUUGGAAGACAAAUUGCCAAGAAGUGCGGGGGUCUACCACUACUUGCACGUUCUCUCGGAUUUUUGUUGUUCCAGGACAAGUCUACAGUGGCAUGGGAACGUAUAAGGGAUACAAAGAUUAUAUUGGGUAUGACAGAAGACCAUCAGCCAACAGAGACUUUGGAGCGCCUCAUGUUGAGCUAUUACUACAUGCCAUUCGAUGUCAAGUUGUGCUUCACAUACUGUGCAGUUUUUCCUAAGGGCUUUGCUGUUGCCCAUGACCACUUGAUACAUCAAUGGAGAGCCCUUGGAUAUAUUCAAUCGGUGGAUGACCAUAGCUGUAUCAACUAUUUGUUGGGAAUGUCCUUUCUUCAGAUUUCGAAUUCUUCUCAGAGUGCUCCAGAGCAUGCGAGAGCUCCUGACAAACUCACCAUGCAUGAUUUGGUGCAUGACCUUGCAAAGAUGAUAGCUGGCAACGAGUCAAUUGUUCUAGAUGCUUCAGAACAAAUGGCCACCUGGAGUAGAGCUGAGAAGCAUUAUUGCCGACAUAUGCAGCUGGUCAAUUAUCAGAAGCAGCCAAAGCCUCUCAAAGAAUUUCCAGGCAAAAUUAGAUCUCUCCAUUUUAUAGAUUCCCAGAUAUUGCAGCUUCAGCAAAAGUCAUUCUCCAAAUCCAAGUAUUUGCGUGUAUUGGACAUAAGCGGAUGUUCCAUCGAAGCGAAGCUUGACCCAAGCAACACAUUGCUGCCAUCCUCCAUUCAUCAACUAACUCUGCUAAGGUACCUUGAUGCCUUGGGCUUGCCAAUGGCAUCACUUCCAAAGUAUUUGGAUAAGCUACAAAAUAUGCAAACUCUAAUUCUGUCCAAUUGCACACUUGAAACCGUGCCUGAUAAUCUUGGUAGCCUUGUGAGACUUUGUUAUUUGGACAUAUCUGGCAAUAGCAGCCUUACUAAGCUACCCAUAUCAUUGGGGAAGCUCUCUGAACUCUCUUACCUCAAUCUAUCAGGGUGUUCUAAACUCGAAGAGUUGCCUGAAUCAAUUCAGAAGCUUGAAUGUUUACGGCACCUGGACAUGUCAGGGUGUCGUGCGCUUCAGAAGCUCCCUGAUAAGUUUGGUAGCCUUCCAAAACUCUUGUUCCUAAACUUGUCAAGUUGUUCCAAACUAGUCAAACUGCCUGACAGUCUUAACCUUAAGUUUUUAGAGCAUCUAAACCUAUCGAGUUGCCAUGAGCUACAAAACCUGCCAUCAGAUUUUGGAAAUCUUCACAAACUCGAGUUCUUAAACCUCUCUGAUUGCUACAAGGUUCGUGUUUUACCGGAGUCCUUUUGCCAACUUCAGCAUCUGAAGGACCUAGAUCUUUCAGACUGCCAUGACCUCAAAGAACUCCCUGGAUGUUUUGGUAACCUUUCUGAGCUUCAUUCUCUGAACCUAACAAGUUGUUCUAAGCUGCAAUCAUUGCCUGAGUCAUUCUGUGAUUUGUCUAAGUUGAAGCAUCUCAAUUUAUCAUAUCGUGUAAACUUUAGAAGGCUUCCCCCCUCGUUUUCUAAACUGAACCUUCAAGUAUUGGUCAUGACGGGUUGUCGUUCUCUAGUUUUUUGGCCAGAUAGUAUUGGUUCCAUGAAUAGUCUCACCCGACUUUUGUCAGAUAGUACCGAUGCUGAUUGCAUUAUGGCGCGUCUAGGGUUGUCUACCCGUAGAACGCAUGAGGUGCACGAGACGGGUAAUGGAUAGUGUUGCAGUAUACUCGACCUUGGGAAACUGACUUGUCAGGACCUACAAGUUACACACCUUGAGAAUGUCAAGCAUCCGGAAGAUGCAGAGAGAGCUAAACUAUGUGAUAAUCCAGAGCUUCGGGGGCUAGCCCUUCAAUGGGCACAUCAAGGCAGUACAUUGGAGAAGAAGACAGAUGCAGAGAAGGAUCAAUUGGUGUUGGAGAAUCUCAUGCCUCCUCGGAGUCUUGAAGAGUUUGCACUAGAUGGGUAUAUGAGUAAGGAAUUCCCUAACUGGAUGCUUGACAUCUCCUCCUAUCUUCUUUAUCUCAUCUCCAUCCGACUCAGUAAUUUAACAAGUGAUUCUCUUCCUCCAUUUGGGCGGCUGCCAAAUCUCAGAACUCUGCAUAUGAACAACAUUCCCAACGUCAGGAAAAUCGGCAAGGAAUUCUACGGAGAGGAAGGAACGUGUAAAAGGCUAAGAAUUAUUCAGUUAAGCAACUUGGUGAACUUGGAUGAAUGGUGGACAACACGAUCAGGUCACGAAGAUGAAGAAUUUUUAAUCCCUAAUUUGCAUCUAUUGAGGGUUACCAAGUGCCCAAAGUUGAAGUUCCUGCCAUGUCCCCCCAGAAGUAUGUAUUGGGAAUUGCGCAACAGCGAUGAGGUGUUACCAGAACAUGGAUUCGGGUGGCUUUCAUCUUCCACUUUUCCUUUCUCUGCUGUCAUCACAAGCCGUUACUUUUCUUCUGACAAGUGGACUAGGCUUCAGCACCUUGCCACCCUGGAGAGAUUGAUCGUUAUCAGCAAUAAGAAGAGCCUGACGACCUUGCCGGACACUCCAUGCCCCCCAUCUCUCAGAAAUCUGCUUUUGUGGUUGAAGGACCUGGAGAUGCUACCGGAAUGGCUGGGGCGGCUUGUUAGUGUUUCCCUUGAAUCACUUGAAAUCUACUACUGCCCUAACUUGACAUCUUUGCCCGAAAGCACAUGGAACCUUACUUCCUUGAAGAAACUGGAGAUUAAUGGAUGUCCAAGAUUGGCUGAGAGGUGCCAAGGCGAGGAUGCCCACAAGAUUUCUCAUAUCCCCGAAGUCAUAAGUGAUGGCAGAAGAAUCGUACCGGGACAAGCAAUCGAAGGAUCAGAGGAAGAGCUGUCUGAGUCUUUGAGUGAACUCCUUUCUGCUGUCAGCGAAUCAAACUGAGUUGGAAAAAACCAUGUAUUUACCAAGUCUCCUCCAUGACACAAAGAAGAGAGGCAAAAGGUUCCAUUUCCAGCGACUACGGAUGUUCUGAGGCAACAGAGCGUAUCAAACCGAGUUGAAGAAAUAAUAUAUGAACAUGUCCCUGCCCAGGACAUAAAAUAGAGCUGACAAGAUGAGCUCCAGAUUGCUAAAUUCAAGCGGCUGCUAAAUAUUUCCUCUAAAGAAUUAAGGCAACGCGACAGAUGGUCGGUAUGAUGGAACAUGCAUUAUCUGAGCUACCACGAACUGCUUCCAUUUGAUUGGCGCUGUCAUCAAGACAGAUGUUUAUCGUCCUAAGAUGGAUUGAUGAUUUAGAAGACCAUACAUAAACCAGUCUCUGCCCAGGACAAGAAGUAGAAGCAAGAAGAAGAGUGCAGCAUCGCCUAUUCCAGCGGCUGCUGUACAUUUCAUCUCAA